AAGAAAAGGAAGAAAAGAGUUCUCUUUUACUCUAUUGAGUCCACUCUCCCCCCACCCCACCUCCGUCGUCUCUCUCUCCUCAACUUUUUCUCUCACUUCAGCAGAUCAUCUCCUCCUUCUCCUCGACGGGGGCCCGUGUGCAUUUCACCACUAGCCUAGAAUUUAUGCAUAUUUCUUAUAUAUUCUUCUUACCUUUUUUUUCCCUGAUCUCCCACACGCAUAAAAACACACACUGACGGUGACUGUAGUUCUUCCCUCUUUCUCUGUUUGUCAGUCAGUCGACACCUGGUGACUCCGAGCCGCAAAUCCUCAAAUUCACUGGAAGUUAAACCCAGAAGAUAGGAUCGGCUGUUGUUGUCAUCUGGGUUGAGAUUGAAGUGGUAUGGUGGAUGAAUGGGCGGAUUUGGGGUUGAGAAGAGUCGGGGAUUGAGUGAUCGAUUGGGGUUUAGAAGAGUAUUUGGGGCUUACUCGGGGACUUGCUUUCUUGAAUGCCACGUGCGGAUAGGAUGAAUUCUGAUGCUACUAGAACUGGUGGAACGGUGGAAAGGGACAUCGAACAGGCCAUUACUGCUCUAAAGAAAGGUGCUUAUUUGCUCAAGUAUGGAAGGAGAGGAAAGCCUAAAUUUUGUCCUUUCCGGCUGGCAAAUGAUGAGUCUGUUUUGAUAUGGUUUUCUGGUAAAGAGGAGAAGCACCUAAGACUAAGUCAUGUCUCCAGGAUCAUCUCUGGGCAGCGCACUCCUAUAUUCCAAAGGUAUCCACGGCCUGAAAAAGAGUAUCAAUCUUUUUCGCUCAUAUAUAAUGACAGAUCACUUGACUUGAUAUGUAAAGAUAAAGAUGAAGCAGAAGUUUGGUUUAGCGGGUUGAAGGCAUUAAUUUCACGGGGCCAUCAAAGGAAGUGGAGAACAGAAUCUAGGAGUGAUGGAGUUUCAUCUGAAGCUAAUAGUCCACGAACAUAUACAAGAAGAAGUUCGCCAUUGCAUUCUCCUUUUGGGAGUGGUGAUAGCUUACAGAAGGAUGGUAAUGAGCAACUUCGUCUUCACAGCCCAUAUGAUAGUCCCCCAAAGAAUGGUAUAGAUAAAGCAUUUUCUGAUGUAAUAAUGUACGCUGUUCCUCCUAGAGGUUUCUUCCCCUCCGAUUCUGCAAGUGCUUCUGUUCAUUCCUUGUCAUCAAGUUCCGAUGGCUUGCAUGGUCAGAUGAAGGCUAUGGGAAUGGAUGCGUUCAGAGUAAGCCUUUCUAGUGCUGUUAGCUCAUCUAGUCAAGGAUCUGGUCAUGAUGAUGGCGAUGCCUUAGGGGAUGUCUUUUUUUGGGGAGAAGGGACAGGAGAUGGCGUUUUGGGUGGUGGACCCCAUAGAGUUGCUGGUGGUUUUGGUUUGAAGUUGGAUUCUUUAUUGCCUAAAGCUUUAGAAUCUGCAGUGGUACUAGAUGUGCAGAAUAUUGCUUGCGGUGGCCGUCAUGCUGCUUUAGUUACAAAACAAGGGGAGAUUUUUUCAUGGGGUGAGGAAUCAGGAGGUAGGCUUGGGCAUGGUGUAGAUUCGGAUGUCUUGCAUCCGAAGCUUAUCGACGGUCUCAGCAAUACAAAUAUUGAGCUUGUUGCCUGUGGUGAACAUCACACUUGUGCAGUAACACUCUCUGGUGACCUGUACACUUGGGGUGAUGGUCAUAUUGGUCUUCUAGGGCAUGGUAAUGAAGUGAGUCACUGGGUCCCAAAAAGAGUAAAUGGGCCACUAGAGGGUAUACAUGUUUCAUCCAUUUCCUGCGGCCCCUGGCAUACUGCUGUGGUAACCUCUGCUGGGCAGUUGUUUACUUUUGGUGAUGGAACUUUUGGUGUUCUUGGGCAUGGAGAUCGCAGAAGCAUUUCUUCACCCAGAGAAGUGGAAUCCCUGAAGGGACUCCGCACUGUACGAGCUUCUUGUGGUGUCUGGCACACUGCAGCAGUUGUCGAAGUUAUGGUUGGAAAUACAAGUUCCAGUAAUUGUUCGUCUGGUAAGCUUUUUACAUGGGGAGAUGGUGAUAAAGGGAGACUUGGGCAUGGUGAUAAGGAACCAAAACUCGUGCCUACAUGUGUUGCCGCUCUUGUUGAACCCAAUUUUUGUCAGGUAGCUUGCGGACACAGCCUUACUGUUGCACUUACAACCUCGGGGCAUGUGUACACCAUGGGAAGUCCUGUUUAUGGCCAGCUUGGAAAUCCUCAUGCUGAUGGAAAGCUCCCGUGCCGUGUUGAAGGAAAAAUUGCUAAGAGCUUUGUCGAGGAGAUUGCAUGUGGUGCUUAUCAUGUUGCAGUGUUGACUUCUAGAACUGAAGUAUAUACUUGGGGAAAAGGAGCAAAUGGUAGAUUGGGUCAUGGAGACUCAGAUGACAGAAAUUCUCCAACUUUAGUUGAAGCUUUACGGGACAAGCAAGUCAAAAGUGUUGCUUGUGGUACUAAUUUUACAGCUGCUAUUUGCCUGCACAAAUGGGUCUCAGGUGUUGAUCAAUCUAUGUGCUCUGGUUGCCGUCUACCUUUUAAUUUUAAGAGAAAACGUCACAAUUGUUAUAAUUGUGGUCUUGUAUUCUGUCAUUCCUGUAGCAGCAAGAAGUCUCUGAAGGCUUCUAUGGCACCUAAUCCCAAUAAACCAUAUCGUGUCUGUGAUAAUUGCUCUGUUAAGUUGAAAAAAGCUAUUGAAAGUGAUGCUUCAUCUCAGUCUGUUGUGGGUAGAAGAGGAAGCAUGAGUCAGGGGGGGAAUGACUUUACUGAGAAAGAUGAAAAGAUGGAGGUCAAGGCUCGCCCUCAUCUUGCUAGAUUUUCGUCAAUGGAGUCGUUAAAACAGGUGGAAAAUCGUUCUUCAAAGCGAAAUAAAAAACUAGAGUUCAAUAGUAGUCGUGUAUCACCUAUUCCAAAUGGAAGUUCCCAAUGGGGAGCUCUUAACAUAUCUAAAUCUUUUACCGGGUCAUCAAAGAAAUUCUUCUCAGCUUCAGUUCCUGGAUCAAGAAUUGUUUCACGUGCAACAUCACCAAUAUCACGAAGAGCCAGUCCACCCCGUUCUACUACGCCUACUCCAACAAUGGGUGGACUAACGUCGCCAAAAAUUGUUUUGGAUGAUGCAAAAAUGACCAAUGAUAAUCUUCGUCAAGAAGUUAUUAAAUUAAGAGCUCAGGUUGAAAAUCUUACUCGAAAUGCUCAACUUCAAGAGUUAGAGCUGGAACGAACUAACAAACAGUUAAAGGAAGCAAUAGCUAUUGCUGGGGAAGAGACUGCGAAAUGCAAAGCAGCUAAAGAAGUAAUAAAGUCAUUAACUGCUCAGCUGAAGGAAAUGGCUGAAAGAUUGCCUGUUGGUGCUGCUCGAAACAUUAAAACUCCCCCCAUCACUUCGUUGGUUUCCAAUCCUGUCACUAGUGAUGUUGCAAAUGUAUCUACUGAUAAAUUUAAUCAUCCAUCAUCUGACCUAGAGAUGGAUUCAAAUGGAUCUAAUGUCCAAUUGGUUUCCAAUGGAUCAAGUACCGCUAAUUGUAGUUUGGGUCAAAAUAAACAAUCUCAUUCUGAAGCAAUGGCAAAAAGUGCUGGCAGAGUAAAGGAAAGUGAGUCCCGUGUUGAAAAUGAAUGGGUGGAGCAAGAUGAACCUGGUGUUUACAUAACUCUUACCUCUUUACCAGGAGGCGGAAAAGAUCUCAAGCGAGUGAGGUUCAGUCGUAAGCGAUUUAGCGAGAAGCAAGCAGAACUUUGGUGGGCGGAAAAUCGGGCAAGAGUGUACGAACAGUACAAUGUCCGAAUGGUUGACAAGUCAAGUGUUGGUGUUGGAAGUGAGGAUUUAGCAAAUUGACAUGAUAUAUUAGAAUCCGUAUAUAUGCCAUUUAGUUUUGAUGACCUUUCUACAUUUACUUCCUAUCGUAUAGGUAUGAAUUAUUGAUGGGUAGGGUUUUGACUGCGCCUUGGAAGCAAGGGUUGCGAUAGGGAUUUAGGGAAGUAGCAAAUUUGUUGGUGGGCUAAUCUUGUCCCUCCCACCUUUUUUUUCUUUUUUUUUUUUUGGUUCUUUUCUCUUCUUUUUGAUGAGGAAGAGGGUGGUGGGGCUUUUUCUUUUUGCCUAGUUUCCCCAUGCUUUUUUCUUUCCAUUAUUGGCUUAAGAAUAUGCUGUUUUCUUCUGUUUUCCCCACUAAUGAUGUAUCAUGGGGAGUGAGGUUGAGAAUUGUAAAUUUUUAGUAGGUUGCUGGCUCUUGAUGGUGCAGUUUCGCUGUAAAUUCUUUAAGAGAAUGCUUGAUGAGUUCUGUUCCAUCUUCCAAUUCUAUUAUUUUUUUUCCC